UUAGUAAUCUAUAAUCUGUGGCGAAUAUUGAGAGUGUAAACAUCAUUGUGUUGUGUUGAUAAAAUAAAAUAAAAUAUUACAAGGCUAAAACUUAUUCAUGGGUCCACUUUAUUAAUAUGACAUUGGUGGCCUUGAGUUAUAUUUAGCAAUAAUUUAAACUUAUAAUGUCACGUCGCACACCUACUAAAUCAAAGAUAAAAGUUUGUAAUAAAUCUGUUUUUCAUCUUCAAGAUAAAAAAGCGGAUGAAAAUGAAUUAACUAUUGGUUUAAUUAAAUCUGCGAAACGUACAGGACAACUGUCUUUAUGUAACAGAGGCUUGGGCACAGUACCUGAAAAUGUAUGGAAAAUUAAUGAGUUGGUAUUGGAGGAAACGAAAGAGGUAGACUUUGCAAGAUCUGAUCAAAGCAACUGGUGGAAUUGUGAACCCCUAAAAAUGCUAGACCUGAGUUCAAAUGUCAUUAAAAAAUUAUCACCGAACUUAAAAUUUCUGCAAGAACUGGUUACACUGAAGCUUCAUGACAAUGCUUUGACUAGUCUCCCAGCGGAGUUUGGUGAACUGAGUAAUUUAUCAAAUUUAAGCUUAGACCACAACAAAUUGGAAACACUACCAAAAGAGUUUUAUAACUUAACUGAAUUGAGAUGGUUGAGUAUUUCACACAAUUCUCUCAAAACAAUUGAGCCAGAUUUUGGAGAUUUAGUCAUGUUAACUUUUCUGGACAUAUCGCAUAACAAACUGACAGUCCUACCGCCUGGGAUGGGAUAUCUAGUACGCUUGGUAGAGCUCAAUUUGUCUCACAAUGAAUUGCCAGAGUUGCCACCGGAUAUUGUUAACUUAAGAGAUUUAAAGAAGUUAAACAUAAGUAAUAACAAUUUGAAGGGCUUACCUGCACUCGGUGAACUGAGGAAAAUGGAAAUACUCGAUGCAAACCACAACAACAUUGAACAGCUGCCCGACUUCUAUGGAUGCACAGCUUUAAAAGAAAUUUACUUAGCUAAUAAUUAUAUUAAGGAAAUAACCGAAGAGUUCUGUGAUCAAAUGCAGCAAUUAAAUGUGUUGAAUAUCAGGGACAACCAAAUUGAAGUGCUCCCGGAAAACAUAUCACUACUUAAGACGCUAAAGAGAUUUGACCUCUCCAAUAACAAUUUAAACAAGUUACCAAGAAACCUAGGUCUCCUAUCGCAAUUGCAAAGUAUUAGUAUGGAGGGCAAUAAGCUGUCGUUUGUACGGCAGGAUAUUAUCAAGGGGGGCACUGACAGGAUGAUGAAGUACUUGCGCGAGCGCAUCACCGAGGAAGUUGUCAGCGAGACGAGACUUGAAAAUAAUUGGCCUGAUAAAUUUACCAUGAAGAAAAGCCAAGCGCUUAUGGUUCCUUCCAAAGACCUAACAACUGUCCCGGAAGACGUAUUUCAUACGGCGGUGGAAGCCGAAGUGCACAUAGUUGACUUAUCGAGGAAUAAGUUAACCUCAGUGCCUAUAGGGGUUCAACACUUGCGGGAAACACUGACUCAGUUAUUAUUAGCGUCAAAUAAUAUCGAGGUCGUACCACCAGAAGUUGGAGUUUGUAAACAUUUGCAGUAUAUAGACUUGGGUAAAAAUAACCUCGCCGACUUGCCGAUUGAACUUGGAGAUUUAAAGAGCCUCAGGGAACUAGUUAUAUCGAACAAUAAGUUUACCAAAAUCCCGCGAUGCGUUUACGACCUAGAUAAAUUAGAGAUCUUGCUAGCGGCCGAGAACCAAAUAUCGGAAAUCAACGUGUCCUCGGACGCUCUGGCGAGGCUCAAGAAGCUGGCCGUGCUUGACCUCACCAACAAUAGCAUUGUCACUGUGCCUCCGGAACUCGGCAACUUCACGCAUUUACGAUCACUGGAGCUAAUGGGGAAUUGUUUUAGACAACCUCGACACGCAGUACUAACAAAAGGCACCGCCUCUAUACUGUCAUACCUCAGAGACCGUAUACCUUCGUAGAACGUACCUAUAAUAUUUCAUACGUCAGUUGACAAUACGUAUCCAAUAAAAAAAAGAUUCGUUCGUGACAAAUAUAUUAAAAAAAAUAUACAUUAAAGUUCGCCUACGGUAAAUAAUAUAUUUAUUGAUAUACCUAUUGUUAUAAACGAUUCGGAAUUGUAAAUAAUGAAUCGUCUCAUUUCGCCAUUAAAAGUUAUACAGAGUCAAAUCUUGGGACACUUGAGCUAUACUCGGAUUGGGAGCGGAUAAAAAAUUUACUUUUUAUCCGCUCCCAAAAGACCAUCGUAUCUACAUUAAAUACCUACUGUCCGUACUGACGAAAUGUUUAAAAUCAUGAUUGUAAUACAAAAUGGCUUUAUUUUAUAGAUAAAAUUAUUUCAAAGUUUUUCUUUAAAAAGCAAAAAUAUGAAGAUGGAUUAACUCAGUUUUGAUUUUUGACCAAGCAAUGAAGCUUUAUAAAGUCUGAUAAAGCUUAUACAUACAACUAUCAUAAAGCUGCUUAAGCUGACCCUGUCAAUGCUUUUGCGAAAUUGUAAAUCCAAGGUGGAUAUGUAAAGUUUGCCAUUGCCACUGUUAAAGCAAUAAACAAAAUUACCAAUUUUUGUAUUCGAGUGUUGCCAGAAAGUUUUAGCGUAUAUAUAGUUAACGAUUAUAUAUUUAAUUGCUAUUUAUCAAAGGUGAUGAGAAAAGAAAGGUUGUCAAGUUAGUAAUUUUUAUUUAACUUGGACUAAUCUCGUAUAGCCAAAGUCAAAUUCAAAACCAAAUCUCUUGUUCUUAUGUACCUGAUUACCACCGCUGAUUCGUUAUUUUUGUUUAAAUGUUAUUUGUUUUUGUUUUAAAUUUCUAUUUUGU